AUGGCCAUUCGAUUUAAAGAAAGUGAAUGGGGUGAUAGAGCUAAGAAUAGACUGCUCAAAUUUAGGGAUUUAAUAGAUAUCCCAGAUAAACUCUGGAAGUUGCCUAUUGAUCCUCGAGUCACUUUACUCUAUCCACAAGCGAUCAAUAUUUCCGAUGCAAUCAAUCGACUUAUUGAUGGAAAACCAUUGAAUGAAAAACCAAUAAAUAUACCAAAAUUUCAAUAUCUUUCAAUUAGCAGCCAGGUAUGCAAUCCAGAGAAUCCGAGUAGUCAAGAACUGAAUCUUAUUAUUAACGUUAAAUCUGGAAUAGCGAAUUUCAAUAAGAGAAGAGAAAUUCGACGUCUUUAUUCCUAUCUCACCCAUCCUUCCACUUACAAACUCUAUGGUAUUCGAAUUGGUCUUGUUUUCUCACUUGGUAUUCCAAGACAGCAAAAGGAUAAUAUUUUUAUGCGAGGAAAUCGAACGAUUCGACUUGACGUUAGUGGUGGAGAAUUUCUGAAUCCUGAGGGACUUAAAGAGAUGGCGGAAAAUUUGAAACGAGAAAUGGAAACACAUUCGGAUAUUAUUCUUGGUGACUAUGAAGAUACGUACUUCAAUCUCUCCCUGAAAACCCAAUAUGUCUUUACUUGGGCUGCAACA